AUGUCAACAGCUUUGACACGAUUUUAUGAUUCAAAGAAGAAGCGCACAAUCUGGAUGCCUACAAAACUUAUCGGUGAUUUGAAGCCAAGAAUCGUUCGUAUGAAUAUUGAAAAAACUUUUACAACAUUAAAAAUGGCUCCACAAUGGUUCAAACAUGAAGACUAUACUAAUGCAUUAGAGAAUAUUGUCUAUCCACCAGAUAUUCAAGAUCAUCGUCCAUUCGAUACUAUCGCGCGUUAUAGAACAGCAAUAAAACAAAAUAACAUUGACUUUCAUCAAGCCUCGCUUCGUGCCGCCGAAGACGAUACUGAAACUCUGGUUAUUGCACUCGAUAGAUUUGCACAGACCUAUGGUGGCGAGUUGAGUUUCACUAAUCAGGAACUGUUGUUUAACAACACUGCCGAAUCCACUGCUUGCGGCGUUGCCAAUCUAAGUAGUGUUCACUUACUGGCAGCAGACUAUAUAUCGACUGCAAAUUUUGCGUUUCAAGUUUAUUUGAAUUAUGACACGGAUCUAGCACGGUCGAGUGAUACAAUGCAAACUUUUGUGUUGGACUUCUCAACCGCCAUAGCUCAAGAUCUUUCAUGCCAAAGGGAUUACGUGCGAAUAUUUUCGAUCGAGAAAGUAGCCGAACGAAAAGGAGAAACGAUUGUCAAAUUCGGUAUAACAACUCCUGAGCGAGUGACAACAGAACUACUCGCGAAAGAUCUUCAGACGCGUGCUCGAAAAGGUUUCAGGGAUAACCAUGUUCUUUCCAGCGUCAAACAAGACGAUUACGAAUGCCGAUGGAUGCCUCUGAUUUCAUUUUUACAAUUGCGACCUGCAGAUUUGGAUACAACGUUUAAUACCGACUACAGGAAGCCCAAUUUCCCCGGUGAAGAUCGUCGAGGCGGCUAUCCGUACUAUCUGCCACUUGGUUGGUAUCGUCACGCGUUGAAAGUCGCGGAUAAAUACCCAAAUGAUACCCGCUGGCUCGGGUGCGAAAACAUCGAAGGUGAAUGGCCCGUCGCUUUUCACGGUACGAAAGAUCACGCAGCAUUAGGCAUUGUAGAAAAAGGUCUUCAGCCGAUGUAUACAACGACGGAUCGGAUGUUGCCUGAAGCUAUACAACAGAAGGGGCCAGCAAUGGAUAAGCGAGGUAUUUACGUAGCAACACAUUGUGAUGGUGGAGCUGCAUCAUAUGCAACACCAUUUUCUGUGGAAUCAUCAAGACAGAAGAAGGAGACUUUCCGUCUGGUAUUUCAAUGCCGUGUUAGACCGGACUCGUUUACAAUUCAUAGUUUACCGGUUGAUCAAGGACAAGCCUGGCGUGCUGUGGAUGCUGAUGAUAUUCGACCUUACGGAAUACUUAUUAAAACUGAGAAAACACAAACUAGCCAAAAUGAGCACUUCAAUUAG